AUGUCGGCGGUGAAUUUGACGGCUGAACUUGUGCGGCUACAAACUGAAACAGCUAAAUUUCAACAUGAUUUCACCGAUAAUGUCAACUCAUUUUUCCUAUGUUCAAUGGCUUUGAUUAUUUUCUGUAAGUAAACGAACAUUAACAAAAUUUAAAAAAAACAAACAAUUUUUCCAGUUAUGCAAUGUGGUUUCGCGUUUCUUGAAGCUGGAGCUGUUAGAAGUAAAAACACCACAAAUAUUCUUAUCAAAAAUCUUCUUGAUUCAUGUAAGCUCGUUUUUUUUAUUUUCAAAUCUGUAUUUUCAAAAAUUUAAUGUUUCAGUAAUUGUAAUUAUUGGUUAUUGGGCUGUUGGAUGGGCAUUUGCUUACGGUGAAUCAGCCAAUGAAACAGUCGGUCUUUUUGUCGGACAUUCUCAAUUUUUCCUCGCUGGAUAUACCGAUUACUCGAAAUUCUUCUUCCAAUAUGUUUUCGCUGCAACUGCUGCCACAAUUGUUUCUGGAGCUGUCGCUGAACGUUGUGAAUUUGCCUGUUAUGUUGCAUACUGUCUUAUCAUUUCCAGUAAGUUCAUCUUGUUUUGAAAAUAACAAAAAAACAUGUUUCAGCAAUUGUUUAUCCAUUCUUGGCUCAUUGGGGAUGGAAUGAACACGGAUGGAUGGCACAAGGAAUCACUUCUGGAGUUAUCAACACUAAAUAUGAUGAUUUCGCUGGUUCCGGUGUUAUUCAUUUGUGUGGAGGAGCUAUUUCACUCUUGGCAGCUUGGAUUAUGGGACCAAGAAUCGGAAGAUUCCCUGAAGAUGAUGAAGAUGAAUCAGAUGAAAUUCUUGGGCAUUCAGUUCCAUUUGCAGCUUUGGGAGGUUUCAUCUUGAUGUUCGGAUUCCUCGCUUUCAACGGUGGAUCAGUUGGAUCUUUGUCAAAUGAAGGAGACGGUCAAAUUGUUGCACUUGCAAUGAUUAAUACUAUUUUAUCCGGUGCUUUUGCUGCUAUCACAUAUCUUAUUGUUUAUUUCUAUCAAUACGGAAAAUGGACACUUCUUCUCACUUUAAAUGCUUGUCUCUCUGGAAUGGUUGCUUCGUGUGCUGGAUGUAAUAAAAUGGAAACUUGGGGAAGUGUCUGGGUUGGUGUUGGAGCUGGUUUGAUUUAUUUGGCAUUGAGCAGACUUGUUAGAAAAUUCAAAAUUGAUGAUCCACUUGAUGCUUUUGCUGUGCACGCUGGAGGUGGUUUCUGGGGUUUGAUGUCUGCAUCGAUUAUUGCAAAAGGUGGAAUUGUGUACGCACUCUUUGAUUUGAUCACUGGUGCAGACAAUUCUGGUGAUUUUAUCAAAGCAUCAUUCGCUCAACUUGGUUGGCAAAUGAUCUGUGCGUUGGCAAUUAUUGUCUGGUCACUUGUUAUUAUGUAUCCAGUGUUUGCUGUCUUGAAGAAAAUCGGCAAACUUCGAGUUCCUGAAGAAAUUGAGAUUAAUGGCUUGGAUGUCUUCAAACACGGAGAAUUGGCUUAUCCACUUCGAGCAUAUGGACAUGGUUGGCAUGAAUUUGAAAAUGCUCACGGUAUGAAAUCAAACAGCACAACUGUUUAUAUUGGAAAAGGUGACAAGAAAAAAGUGAUGAGAAUUCACCCAGAAAGUGAGUUGUAUAUAUAGUUUAUGCUAGUUAAAAAUAACUGUACUUUUAUUUCAGUGUCAAUUGAACAAAUGGCAUCGGUUUAUGAUAGAAGUGGAAGAUUAGCGCAACCAAUUCAACAUAAAAAAUCGAGAACACUGUUCACAACUGAAAACGAACGUAAACGAUCACAGAUCAAUUUUGAUGAAGAUCGUAUUUAA